CAGCAGCUGCUCGGCGGACUGCGUCCUCCCGAUGCUCCCGGUGCCUCCUCCGCAGGCUCCACAAAAAAAAAUAUAUAUACUCUGACAGACCUGCUGCUUCUUCAUCUUCCUUCAUCAUCAUCCUCUUCUCCGUCCUCGGAUACUAAAACAAGGAGGAGUAUCUUUUAGUUUGAUCCACACCUUGAAGAAGCCCGGGGCUAGCUGGGGAAGCUAGCCGGGCCACAGCUCCAGACAGGCGGGCAGAGCAGCUCAGCAUGGCCGCGGGGAAGCACAGCCAGGCCGGGGAGGAGAAGGCGACGAGUCGGGGUCAGAGUGACGCCAACAGGAAGUUGAAGUACAUCAGUCUGGCCGUGCUCGUCGUCCAGAAUGCGUCGCUCAUCCUCAGCAUCCGAUACGUCCGCACGUUGCCGGGCGACCGCUUCUUCACCACGUCGGCCGUCGUCAUGGCGGAGAUCCUGAAGGUCCUGACGUGUCUGCUCAUCAUCCUGUUGCAGAAGAAGUUCAGUGUGAAGGAGACGGCUUCCUUCCUGCUUGACUCCAUAGUGUUUCAGUAUAAAGACACUCUGAAGCUCGCCGUCCCGUCUCUCAUCUACACGCUGCAGAACAACCUGCAGUACGUCGCCAUCUCCAACCUGCCGGCCGCCACCUUCCAGGUGACGUAUCAGCUGAAGAUCCUCACCACGGCUCUGUUCAGUGUGAUGAUGUUGAGGAAAUCUCUGUCCAGAGUUCAGUGGAUCUCUCUGCUGCUGCUAUUCGGCGGCGUCGCCAUCGUCCAGGUGCAACAGGAGGGGAAUAAGGAAGCGUCUCUUUCGGACAGCUCCUCCCAGAACUACACGGUGGGUCUGGUUGCCGUGGUGAUCAGCUGCAUGUCGUCGGGCUUCGCCGGCGUUUACUUUGAGAAGAUCCUGAAGGGCAGCGCCGCGUCCGUGUGGCUCCGCAACGUGCAGCUGGGCCUGUUCGGCAUGGCGCUCGGCAUGCUGGGAAUGUGGUGGAACGACGGCGCCGCCAUCGCCGAGCACGGCUUCCUGUUCGGCUACACCGGCAUGGUGUGGUGCGUCAUCUUCAACCAGGCGUUCGGCGGGCUGCUGGUCGCCGUCGUCGUCAAGUACGCCGACAACAUCCUGAAGGGCUUCGCCACGUCCUUCUCCAUCAUCGUCUCCACGGUGACGUCCAUCUACCUGUUCGGUUUCCACGUCGACCUGAUGUUCACGGCGGGGGCGGGGCUCGUCAUCGGCGCCGUCUACAUGUACAGCCUCCCCAAAGCGGCCGGCGGCUCCUCGUCACCGGGCGCCUCCUCCUCGGCCUCCUCGGUGGCGGCGGCGGGGGCGGAGCGAGGCACCGAGAUGGAGGCGUUCCUUCCAAAAGCUCAGGGAGGCGACACAUCUCCUCCCUCUGCCGUCCACAUCACAGACUAACAGCUCAAAGCACAACAGCAGGAGGAGGAGGAGGAGCAGGAUGAGGAAGAGGAGGAUGAGGAGGAAGGAGGAAGGAGCUUCGGCGUCUGACCACCACCUCUCUCUCUCUCUCUCUCUCUCUGUUUCCUGUUUGUUUUUGUUUUUUUCGCCCUUUCUGCCUUAAAACUCGUUUCUUUACUUAAAAAAAACUGAAUGAAAAGAGAAAAAAAGCCUUACGCUGAUUAUAGAUAAUAUAUUGAUUAUUGAUUAUUGAUUAUUGUUCCUGCUGGAAAUCAAUACAGAUCAAUACAAAUCAAUACAAAUCAAUAAUCUGCAGUCUGAUCGAAUGUUUUCACUGUGCAGCGUCGACUGAAGUUUAUCUUAUUAUUAUUAUUAUUAUUAUUAUUAUUAUGAUCAAUAAGGCAGCAGAGAUUUCCUGAUCAGUUUUAUCUGGGUAUUGAUCCGUAGCUCCUGAAAUAAAAACAGAAAAUAUAAUAAAUAUCAUAGAACAUAUUCACAGAUACCAAUAAAUCUGUGAUAAUUAAUCAAUAAUUAAAACUCAUUGUGAAUAUUUGCAGAGCUUUAAUGAUCAGCUGAUUGACAGGAAAUGAAUCGAUAAUCAUUUUAAGCAGAAACGCAGAUUAUUUAAUUUAAAUAUUUGAGGUUUUUCUGUCGUAAACUGAAUAUUUUUGCAUUUUGAACGAAGCUCCGACUGAUAUUAGAAUAAAUAAUAUAAAUGUCGUUAAUAUGUUUUAUUUAACAUAUAAUGAGAUUACAGUCGCUGCUCUAUCUGCUUUAAAGACAAUAAAAACAAAACACACACAUGCAGCUAAAGAUGACAUAGUAGGAGAGUUUACUAUACAUAUAAAAGAAUUAGGGAGUAAAAAAACUCAGAUAUUUGCAGAUAAACAUAUUUUUGUAAUGAAGGAUUUAUAUUUUACAGUUCAACAAAUAAUCUUUACUGUAUAAAAUGACUCGUUUAGUGCAUUAAAACAGUAAAUCUCUGAGAAUUUAAUACAGAUUAGCUAAGAAAAUAUGCAUAAAAUGAAGCCAAUAUAACUUUAAUUAUAUAGAUUUUAAAUAUCGGCUCAUAUUUGACAACAUACCUGUGAUUGGUUAAUAUCAGCUGAUCAAUAUAUCGUCUGGCUCCGAUUUUAAAACCCUUAAAUCGUCACUUUUGUCUUUAAUUAAUUACAUAAACUGAAAUUUUUCUUGUAUUUUAUAAAAAAAAACAAUUAAUAAUCAAGAAAAGACUCAUUAGAUGAAUCUUUAAUUAAAAUCUUUGCUGCUGAUUAUUGUAAAUGACAACCGAUCGCUCGUUAUCGAUCUUUUAACGUCUAAAUAUUUGCGAUCUUUUUGCGGCGCUGCACAGUGAAAACGUGUCUCUGAGGUCAAAGGUCGCGUCCCCGGGUUGAGACGGGGGGGGGGGGGGGGUCGUUGUGUUCGGUGCCUUUUUUUCUUCUUCAUCUGUACAGAAGCCAUAAGACGAUGAUGACGAUGACGAAGGUGUGUACAGUUAGCCGUGUACAGUCACAAAACAAACACCAUGACUAGUUUCUUUGUUCGGGUUUUUUGAGGGACGACAAAAAAAAAAGUCUCCGGUCGGUCGCCACGACGACGGGAUCGGAGACGAGGGUGGGGAGGAAGAAUGAAUGUGCUCGUUGAUUGGAGCAUCUCCUUUUUUUAUUAUAAUUAUUAAUGAAUCAUAAUUUUAUUAUAAUGUUCUUCUCAUCAAAUGUGUCCCGAUGCAGGCGCCUCGUUAAAGAUGGCAUCCUGCUGCAGCCGCCUCGUUAAAGAUGGCAUCCUGCUGCAGCCGCCUCGUUAAAAAUGGCGUCCCUCUGCAGGCGCCUCGUUAAAGAUGGCAUCCUAUUGGAGACGCCUCGUUAAACAUGGCGUCCUGAUGGAGGUGCCUCGUUAAAGAUGGCGUCCUGAUGGAGGUGCCUCGUUAAAGAUGGCGUCCUCACGGAGGCGCCUCAUUAAAGAUGGCUUCCCGAUGGAGCCGCCUCGUUAAAGAUGGCGUCCUCACGGAGGCGCCUCGUUAAAGAUGGCGUCCUGAUGGAGGCGCCUCGUUAAAGAUGGCGUCCUGAUGGAGGCGCCUCGUUAAAGAUGGCAUCCUGAUGGAGGUGCCUCGUUAAAGAUGGCGUCCUGAUGGAGGUGCCUCUUUCAAGAUGGCGUCCCACUGCAGCCGCCUAGUUAAAAAUGGCGUCCUGCUGCAGCCGCCUCCUUAAAGAUGACGUCCUGAUGGAGGCGCCUCGUUAAAGAUGGCGUCCUGCUGCAGCCGCCUCGUUAAAGAUGGCUUCCUGAAUGUUUAUAUUUCUGUUGGACGGAGGGAAGGAAGUCGUGUCUUUGUAGUUUUUGGGGGGGUUUUGUCAGUUAAGCUGCUUCGUUGCUGUUUCACUUUGGGAGGAAAAUCUUUGGGUAUUUUUGGGUUUUUUUUGUCUCUUCAUCGCUGCGAGUCAUUGAGAGGAUGGGAGACCUGAAAUCUCCAAGUCAACAUCCAGCAAUUAGUCUGUGGUCGUUUAAUGAAUUAAAAUCUGGUUUGUUUAAACUUAAAGCACAUUAUAAACUGAGAUUAUAAAGACUUUAUUAACUUAUAUUAAUAUUGGCGCCACAUUAGAGCUGCAACUAACAAUUAACCUGCACGUUUAUUUUAUUAAUUCAUUGUUCAGAAGUCCGUCACAAAUUCUCAAAAGUUUCAUUUUUUGUUUCACCGACAAUCAAAAAACUAAAAGAUGCUAAAAAACAGCAAAUAUUUACCAGUUUUGAAGAGAAAAAAAAAGACUUUUAAAUUAUUAUAUAAUCAUAAUAAUCGUCAUUAAACAUUCA